UAGCGUGGUUUAAAGCAAAGAAAAUCUGGGGACUAUUUUAUUUUAUUUUAUUUAUUUAUUAAAUAGAAUAGAUCCGCUUCAGUGGAAUGCACACUCCGUCACCGUCUUUCUCUGCCUCCAACCUCCAUCCAGGCCGUCCAGCCGUCCUCCGUCCAGGUGCGGCCAGCGCAGGCUUGCACAGUCCUCUUCCGUUGCUGACGUACGGCAUCUGGGAGGCGCCGCUCAGCCUCGGGCCUCAAUCCAGCUUCCGGCCUAGUCUUCGCCGAGGCUUUCCCAAAUUCCCCCUAUAUCAACAUUUUCUGGCUGCCCCUAGCCCUAGACAAAUCAGGGCCUUCUUUGGGCAGCCUUGUAAAUACCCUGGAGAAAAAUGGAAACUUGAUUGGCUCAGUUGCCAACUACAACGGAGGAGGUAGAAGUAGACAUGGAGAGGCGGAGGGAAAAGAAGUUGAUGAAGAAUGGGGAUGCUUAUGAGCAAGAUGAUGAGAUCUGCUGGUGCCUGCCACACAAGGGUAUUGCGGCUUCAUUUCUGUGUAUUGCUGUCUUUGCAUUUCUUGUAAGAGUGGCUGUGUCCCUUCAUCCUUAUUCUGGUGCUGGAAAUCCUCCCAAGUUUGGAGACUAUGAGGCUCAGAGGCACUGGAUGGAGAUCACUCUUAAUCUUCCAGCCAAGGAAUGGUAUCGUAACAGCACUAUCAAUGAUCUCAGCUAUUGGGGACUUGAUUACCCUCCUCUCUCUGCCUACCAGAGUUAUGUUCAUGGUCUUUUCAUCAGACAUUUCCAUCCCGAUUCAGUUUACCUUUUCACUUCCCGAGGUCAUGAGUCCUAUCUUGGGAAAUUUCUUAUGAGGUGGUCGGUUUUAUUCUCUGAUGUUCUGGUGUUCUUUCCUGCAGUUUUGUACUUUGUUGUCAUGAACUAUAGUCGUCAUCUUGGUGGUCAUAAAAGUGACAUUGCAUGGCAUAUUGCAGUAAUUUUACUCAAUCCAUGCCUGAUUCUAAUCGAUCAUGGUCAUUUUCAGUACAAUUGCAUUAGUUUGGGCCUUACUGUUGGAGCUGUUGCUGCCAUCCUCUCAAGCAAAGAUCUUCUAGCUUCUUCCCUGUUUUGUCUUGCUCUUAAUCAUAAACAGAUGAGUGCAUAUUUUGCUCCUGCAUUUUUUAGCCAUCUACUGGGUAAAUGCCUGAGGUGCAGAAACCCACUUCUUGAAGUGUCAAAGCUGGGCUUGGUUGUCUUAGGAACAUUCGCUGUUGUUUGGUGGCCUUAUUGCCGUUCAUUAGACUCUGUUUUAGGGGUUUUUGCCCGUCUAGCUCCUUUUGAGAGAGGGAUAUUCGAGGAUUAUGUGGCUAACUUUUGGUGCACCACUUCGGUCAUAAUAAAGUGGAAAAAAUUGCUUACAACACAAUCACUAAAAUUUCUUAGCUUCAGUGCAACUGUUUCAGCUUGUCUGCCUUCAAUGCUUCAGCAGCUACGGGCUCCAAGCAAUCAAAGUUUCCUUUAUGGGCUGUUGAAUAGUUCUUUUUCAUUCUACUUAUUCUCAUUCCAAGUACAUGAGAAGUCUAUAUUGCUGCCGCUCUUGCCUGCGAGUCUUUUGGCGCUUGAAGAGCCUCUUCUUUUCAGAUGGUUGACACAUUAUGCAUUAGUCUCAAUGUUCCCUCUUCUAUGCCGUGAUAAACUAAUUCUACCAUAUAUGGUCCUAUCUGUUCUCUUCAUUCUUCUUUACCUUGUGCCUGGCAGAAGACAAGAUACACAGAAGAUGCAUUCUCGCGGCCCUUUGAAAUUACUUGUCAUGACCUUUCUUGUAUUGUGCUCUCUUAUUGUUCAAAUUGUCUACAUUAUCAUGCGCCCUCCUGAGAAAUAUCCUUUCCUUUUCGAAGCUGUAAUUAUGCUCCUUUGCUUCUCUCAGUUCAUGUUGCUCACUGUUUACACUAAUGUGAAACAAUGGAGGUUGUCAGCAAGCUUUUCCUUGAUGGACAAAGAAAAGAAGGUUAUGUAAUGUGUUUCUAAAAUUUUUUCCAUUUUGUUUAGACUUUUGUUCUUGAUGUAGAUGUCAAGUCAGGAAGCUUUGGCAUAAGUAUAUGUUGGCUGAUAAUAUAUUGAAACAAACCAUAUCAGUCGAAAUAACUAUCAUGGUUUUCAGUGUUUGCUUGGACUAGUUGAGCACGCGAUGCAGAAUGCAAGCAAGAAUAUUUAUAUUUUUGAUAA